AUCUUCACGGAAACUGUAGCUCUGUCGACCUUUCUCUCACUCAAAACAUACAGAACACGCACUACACACAGUGGUUAAAUAAUGGGACACAAUUUGGAGACACGAUCGCUGCUGGAUGAAUUGAGAAGCUUCGACAAGAAUGGAGGUAUCUUCGAUUUAGGUCAUCCUCUUCUCAAUCGUAUGGCCGAAAGCUUCGUCAAGGCCGCCGGAAUUGGAGCAGUUCAGGCAGUUUCACGGGAAGCAUAUUUCACAGCUUUUGAAGGUGGAGAUUCGACGGCCAUCCCACCAGAAAUACCUUCUAGCCGGAAAAAACCCCAUCACUUCUCAGAGCUUAGAGGGGAAACAAACAGAAAAUCUGUUGAAGCAUUGGUCAAAGGCACGGGGAAAGAAUCUCUACAAUGGGGUUUGGCUGCGGGGAUGUAUUCAGGUAUUACAUAUGGAUUAAAGGAGGCACGUGGAGUUCAUGAUUGGAAAAACAGUGCGGUGGCAGGAGCAAUCACGGGUGCGGCUUUAGCGCUCACAUUUGAUGAUUCUUCUCAUGAACAAAUUGUGCAUGGUGCCAUUACAGGUGCGGCUUUAUCAACGGCUGCUAACCUCCUUACUGGGAUAUUCUAGAUUUAAUUCUUCAUCUGGACAAGAUAUUCUCUCGGUCGCAGUAUGGAGGCUCACACUGUUACUUUCAAGUUCGAAAGGAGAUGUACAACUUUCUGCAUAAUUUGGUUGAGUUUAAAUCUACAUGCUUUUUUGCCUUCCGUAUAUGUUAUCUUUCAUUACAGAACGCAAAAGAUGUUGAUCCGACAUGUCAUCUUUGUGUCUUGGAGACUUGUGGUCAUUCUUGUUCUUGUUUUCAUUUGGGUGAGAACCUGCUCCCGAUCCUUGUUGGUGGGAAGAGCAUGUGGUCGAUAUUUUGAAUAUUUGAUAGUAGUCGAGCUUGGUGGAUCCACAAUUAAUGAGGCGUUACCGAUUCAUGUUCACCGUGUAUCAUGUGACUUGAGAUGAAUCUGAUCGCGAUAGAUAUGAUAUAACUUGUACU